UUUUGCUUGUCUUCAAGGUAUAUUAUUCCCUCGUUUCAACGUCACUUCCCACUGUAUUUCUUCAGGCUCGUAUUCAGUCACCACAACGACCAAUUUGCAACCUCAACCUUUUGAAGUUCUUCUGAUGAAACAGUAAUAAAAGUGGGAUAGCAAAACUAAAUUAAAGUAUGAGAAUAACAACCGUGUUAAACACCAUUGUGCUAGCCUCAGCAGUAGUAUCAGCCGAUGGAAAACCCAAUAAUAACGUCAUCAACCAAAAAAGGGGGUUCUUCGACUCAUUGCUAAGCGGCUUAACUGGCAGUUCAUCCAGUCCAGCAGCAGCAGCUCCAAUCUCUGCCUCCGUUCAAGCCGAUACCCCGGUGGCAGAUGCCAAUGCAGAUGCGGUGGUAGCAGCUCCAGCAGCCGCUCCAGCAGCAGCCGCUCCAGUGGCAGCAGCUCCACAAUCUGUUCCAAUCUUAGCAUCAUCCCCAGUAACUGCCGCAACAGUAGCUGCAGCAGAAGCCAACACAUUAAUUAAUACCCUUGCAGAUGCAGCUACCAGUUCAUCCGGAGAAAGCAAAUUCUUCGAUCUCUUUGGUGUAGACUCAUCUAGCUCUCUUUAUAAUUCAAGCUCUUCUGAGAGUUCCUCAUCUUCAACCUCAUCCUCAUCCACCUUACUUACUACCACAACUCCAGGAACCACAACUACUUCAACUGGCAUUGAUAACUUGGAUGGUCUCUUUGGAUCGAGCAAUCCAACUAGAUCUAGCCAAGCCAUUAACACACUUCUCCCUACCUCAUCUCCUAUACAAAGUACAACUUCAACCGCUAAAGGGUUAUUCGCCCUUCUUGGAUUAGGGAACGCAGCAACAAAAUCUUCGGAAGAAUUAUCAAGUUCAACUGGAGUUUCAAGUUCUACUGUGUCAUCUAGUUCGUCUUCAGAAGACAUUUUUGAACUUCUUGGCUUAAGCGAGUCAGUAUCUAGUUCAAGCGAAUCAUCAAGCUCUGCAUCCUCUGCGGACUUAUUUGGCCUUCUUGGUCUUGAAGAUUCUUCUGAUGACUCUUCCUCUUCUGUGGUUUCUCCUUCUGCUUCUUCGUCGAUUGCAGCAGUCACUACAACCAACAGGUUUGCUGCACUCUUUGGAUUGGGAGGUAGUUCCAGCUCAUCGUCUGCCGUCAUUGCCUUGCCAACUACUUCUUCAGCAAAACUUUUGGUUGCUUCUUCAACUGUCUCUUCAGUUUCUAGCAAUUCACCCACUCCAAAUGCAUUGGCAAGAUUGUUUGGAUUAGGAACUCCUUCCUCCUCUGAAUCCAGCUCAUCUAGUGCUUCUGCUUCUGACAUUUUUGAUUUCUUAAAUAAUGACAACACAGUGAACACUAGUUCGACCUCAGCUGGUAAACUUGGUUUUGCUGCUGUAGCUGCUGUGUCGGAUUCAGACUCACUCGAAGAUUGUACUGAUGAUGACACUCCAACUACUAGUUACAGUAUUCCGGACCUUUCAGAUAUCACAGAUAUUAGUCUCUCAACAGAUUUUACAGAUCUGGUCAGCUCUGAUGAGGACGAUUGUUCUGACGAAAUCAGUAACACUGUUGUCCCAACCAGUUACAGUAUUCCAGACAUUUCUGACAUAACAGGCGAUGCUACUUCCGGUCCCGCUUCUACUGAUAUUGCUGCUUCUUCUGACGAAGACGAUUGUUCUGACGAAAUCAGUAACACUGUUGUCCCAACCAGUUACAGUAUUCCAGACAUUUCUGACAUAACAGGCGAUGCUACUUCCGGUCCCGCUUCUACUGAUAUUGCUGCUUCUUCUGACGAAGACGAUUGUUCUGACGAAAUCAGUAAUAGUGUUGUGCCAACCAGUUACAGUAUUCCAGAUAUUUCUGACAUAACUAGUGGUGUCACUUCUGGUCCUUCUAGUGUUGCUUCAUCUGACGACGCUAUCUCUUCUGAUGAAGACGAUUGUUCUGAUGAGAUUAGUAACAGUGUUGAUCCAACCAGUUACAGUAUUCCAGAUAUUUCUGACAUAACUAGUGGUGUCACUUCCGAUCCUUCUAGUGUUGCUUCAUCUGACGUAGCAAUCUCUUCUGAUGAAGACGAUUGUUCUGAUGAGAUUAGUAACAGUGUUGACCCAACCAGUUACAGCAUUCCAGAUAUUUCUGACAUAACUAGUGGUGUCACUUCCGAUCCUUCUAGUGUUGCUUCAUCUGACGUAGCAAUCUCUUCUGAUGAAGACGAUUGUUCUGAUGAGAUUAGUAACAGUGUUGAUCCAACCAGUUACAGUAUUCCAGAUAUUUCUGACAUAACUAGUGGUGUCACUUCUGAUCCUUCUAGUGUUGCUUCAUCUGACGUAGCAAUCUCUUCUGAUGAAGACGAUUGUUCUGAUGAGAUUAGUAACAGUGUUGACCCAACCAGUUACAGUAUUCCAGAUAUUUCUGACAUUACUAGUGGUGUCACUUCUGAUCCUUCUAGUGUUGCUUCAUCUGAUGUCGCUAUCUCUUCUGACGAGGAAGAUUGUUCUGAUGAGAUCAGCCAGAGUGUUGAUCCAACCAGUUUCAGUAUUCCAGACCUUUCUAGUGAAGUUACUGAUCCAAUCUCGUUUACGGAAUCAUCAGAUGAUGACGAUGAGACUGAUUGCUCAGAAGAAACCAAACCUCCAAUUGUAUCCACUGAGGUUACAACUGUUACUACUACAUCCCAUGUAACUAUUGUCACUGGUGGUUCUACUAUCGUUUCCGUUAUCACCAACAAGGUUACAUCUACCGUUGAAGAAGACGACGACGAUGAAUAUGACUGUGAAAGUACCGUUACUGAAGUUGUUACCAAUGUCAUUUCCAAUAACGGAGUUGUAACUACUAUCACCAACAUUGUAACGAGGACUACUAUUGUUCCUGGCGAUGGUGAUUAUGCUACUACCAUUACCGAUGAUGACGAUUACGAGACAGUGGAAGUCGACUGCGAUGAAACUGUCUACGAGACUCACUACAGAACCACCACUGUCGUCAAUAACGGUGUUGCUCAAACAACAGUUAUCACGGUCACCAAUACUUACACUUAUGAAAACGAAGAAACUGGCUGGAGUGAAGAAGAAGAAGAUUGCGAUGAACCUACUACAACCGUUAUCAAUUAUGUUACUGCUAUCGCUGAUUCUGGUUCCAGUGGAUCCAGCGGUUCUGGAUCUGUUGGUUCUGGAUCUAGUGGUUCUGGAUCUAGUGGUUCUGGAUCUGGUGGAUCCUGGUGGGGAAGUUUGGAUGAAUGCUACGACGAUGCCGAAGAUGAAGAUGAUGAAACUUGCGACCCAAGUUGCCCAUGCCCGGAAGAAGAAGAAGAAGUCACUACAAUCUAUGGUACAGUCACUAAGGUAUCUGCUGGCGUUACUCAAGCAGUUGCCGAAGCUGUCACUACCAAGGUUGUUACCAAGGCUGCCCAAGUUACCAAGUCUAUUGAAGCAGUUACCACAGUGGCCGAAGUUCACACCUCAACAAUAACAUCUAUUUAUACCAGCAAGGGUCAAACCUACGUUACAACAGUUAUUUCUAAGGAAACUAGCAUCGUCACAUACUGCGUCGAAGAAGAAGAUGUCGAGACUAUCGAAGACGGUGAAACCAAAGUAAUCACCACAGCCAAGACCAUAGCUAAGACUACCGCUAAGACUGCAGCUACCACAGAAUCAUUAGAUUCAGAAGAGACGGAUUGCAUUGACGAAGAUUGGGAAACGUCUACUGACAUUCUCACCUCCUCAGAAACUUCUGCUGAUGAAUCAUCUGAGGUCGCCACCCCAACCAACGAAUCUUCUUCUGAGGAUGCCAUCCCAACUGUUGAGUCUUCUGCCACCCAUUCAGUGACUGAAACCAACACAGAAACCACUCUCCCAACUGUUUCGCAAGGUUCUUCUAGCCCCUCCUCAACUUUGAUUACUACCACCCUGUCUAGUGCCUCGAAUUCAACCUUCUUGGAUAGCUUGUUCGAAAGAGCUGUUAGAGAAGCCACUGAUUCUGAAAGUUCUUAUGUUCCUGAAGCUACACAAGUUAAUGGUGGCAUCAGAAGCUUAGCUCCUACCGGAGUUAUUUUGAUGUUGGCCACUGUGUUGGCUACCAUUGUCUUGUAAGGUAACAGUAAAAGUUGCUGGACAAUUAUUUUGAACCAGGGCCGUAUUUUUAAAAAGUUCUUCCUUCGAUGAAGAAAGGAUUCACAGUACAAUAUAUGAAAAUGCAUAAGUGCUUGCACUUCCCAACAGCCUAGAGAAUGGAAAACUCCUCUUUGAUGCCAUGAAACCAUGAAACCAAAAAGAUUGAUUUACGACUUGUUCUUCUUUGUUUGUUCCCAAAAGGACUUAAUUUUUUGUUUUUUUAGAUACGUUAUACCUUUCAAAAGAUUAAUAUAUAUUUAUUAGUAAG